ACCGAUUCCCCUCCCCACAGUUCUGGCCGCUGUCCCGGUGCGCACGGACGUGGCUCCAGUUUCCUCUACUCUCCGCUCUCGCCCGCUCGCCCUCCUCCCGCUCCUCCUCUCCCUGUCUCCAGCUCCAGAUCCAGCUCCACUCAGCCGGCCCCGCGCGGCUCCGGGUAGCCAUGGAGGACACCCAGCUCCAUAUCAUCGAGCAGCCGCUUCCCGGGUACCCGGACACCGGGAGCCUGGGGCCCUCCCCCAUGGGGGCGCCGGCGGCGGAGGAGCCGUCGGGGGCCGGCUCUGAGGAGCUGAUCAAGUCGGACCAGGUGAACGGAGUGCUGGUGCUGAGCCUUCUAGACAAAAUCAUCGGCGCCGUCGACCAGAUCCAGCUGACUCAGGCCCAGCUGGAGGAGCGGCAGGCGGAGAUGGAGGGCGCCGUGCAGAGCAUCCAGGGCGAGUUGAGCAAACUGGGCAAGGCGCACGCCACCACGAGCAACACCGUGAGCAAGUUGCUGGAAAAGGUGCGCAAGGUUAGCGUCAACGUGAAGACGGUGCGCGGCAGCCUGGAGCGCCAGGCCGGCCAGAUCAAGAAGCUGGAGGUCAACGAGGCCGAGCUGCUGCGGCGCCGCAACUUUAAAGUCAUGAUCUACCAGGAUGAAGUGAAACUACCGGCCAAAGUGAGCAUUGGCAAGUCGCUGAAAGAGUCGGAGGCGCUGCCGGAGAAGGAGGGCGACGAGAUGGGCGACAGCGAGCGGCCCGAGGAGGACGCGGCGGCGCUCGAGCUGUCGUCCGACGAGGCGGUGGAAGUGGAGGAGGUCAUCGAGGAGUCGCGCGCUGAGCGCAUCAAGCGCAGCGGCCUGCGGCGUGUGGACGACUUCAAGAAGGCCUUCUCGAAGGAGAAGAUGGAGAAGACCAAGGUGCGCACCCGCGAGAACCUAGAGAAGACCCGUCUCAAGACCAAGGAGAACCUGGAGAAGACACGGCACACCCUGGAGAAGCGCAUGAACAAGCUGGGCACACGCCUCGUUCCCGCCGAGCGGCGCGAGAAGCUCAAGAGCUCGCGAGACAAGCUGCGCAAGUCCUUCACGCCCGACCACGUGGUCUACGCGCGCUCCAAGACCGCGGUGUACAAGGUGCCGCCCUUCACUUUCCACGUCAAGAAGAUCCGCGAGGGCGAGGUGGAGGUGCCCAAGGCCACCGAGAUGGUGGAGGUGGCCGUCGACGACGAGGAGGGCAGCGCGGAGCGCGGCGAGGGCACCGACCUGCUGCGCGGGAGCAGCCCUGACGUGCACGCGCUGCUGGAGAUCACCGAGGAGUCGGACGCGGUGCUGGUGGACAAGAGCGACAGCGACUGAGCAGGACGCCGGGGUACGGCCCAGGAAGGUCGCGCCGCCACGCCCUGCCUCUCCCUGCCUCUCCCUCCCCCCGCCCCGAUUCCUCUCCCUUCUUGAACUUUCUCUUUCGCAUUUUCUCUCAGCUCCUAACUGGCUGAGAUUUUUCUAAAUUUCAAACACCUCCCCUCAAGAAGCACGCGUCCAAGUCUUACAGCCAUCCAAAAAGAAAAAGGAGGCGUGUCCCCCACCCCCUUGGACAGCCCCAAUUUGGGCAUAGUUUGGGUUGGAAAUGAGAACGGCAGUGACUCAUUUCCUGGUUGUCCAAGUCGGGGAUCCUAGAGGAAAUGAGUCGCUGUCAUUUCCACAUUUGGGCCCUCUUUGGACAGGCUGCCCCGCCCCCCAGUCGUUCCCCCCUUGCCCUCGCUGCUGUCAUUCCUGCUCACAGAGCUGUUCUCCUUCCUCCUUGUGAUCCCUGGAGACUUUAAAGCCAAAAUUACCCUAAGAGGGAAAAGUAAAUGCUAAGGGGAGCUCUUCCCCUACAGGAAGGAUAUGAAAGCAGCUUUUGGGGGAAACUGGGCAAAUGGGAGAGAGAAGGCAAAGUGAGGGUCCAGCCUGGGCUAUAUUUGCAAAGGGUCCCAGCAAGGAAGGCUGGAGCCAAGCAGAGCCCUGGGGAAGGGAGGUGGGUGGGGAAUGACAUACAUGUCUGGGGAGGGGCACGUUUAUGCACAUGCACACAGGAGCACAUGGCUAUGGCUUUGGGAAGGAGCAUGGGGAAAUAUAGGAGGUGGAAAUGGGUGAAGAGAAGAGAAUUCUCCUCUCGGCAUGAGGAUGAUAGAACAGGAAUCCCAUUUCACUGGGGUCCUCGGGAGAGCAAGACCACCUUCAGGAUCAGAAGGGAGGACAGUGGGAGAAAGCGAUGAUUCGAAGAGAAAGGAAGGGAAACAUCACCCUACCCCUAAACUGGGGUCAGGAUGGUGCCCCCAGGAGCAGCCCAUUUCUUAAAGCCCAGAGAAAUUAGGCUCCCAGAAGGGGGCAGCAGCAGGCUAUGGAGAGCUGGGAGUUGGGAGGGAGGCUGACUGGAAGGAAAGCAGGGUGCAAUGGCCAGGUCACCAAGCUGAGAGCUGGAAUGGCGGUGGGGAGAAUGUCGUAUCCCUGUGUUUAGAGCAACCCAGCCAUAGCUCACUCCUUGCAGUUGCUUUUCAAGAUCGUUCCCUAGAACUUGUGAAGACCUUGUUGGUUUCCUUGCUUCUGUGGGUGCCUUUCUUGAAUCUUUGGGGGAUAAGGAGCAUCCUGCCUCCAGUCUGAGGCCUGAUUUUUGUAGUCCACUGACCAGGUUUUCCUCGGGACACUUUAGUCCCCCCACCCUGUUCCUCCCCAUUAAAGGCAGCUUGUCAGAAGCGAGGACAACCAGUCCUCCCCACACACACCCCCCUCCCCUGGUCAAAACCCAAAGGGGAGGAAUGGAGACUCCCUUCUUCUCCCUCCUCUCUGGCUUUAUCUUCCUUGUUUUGCUUCUUAGAAUUGCAGCUAAUUGCUUUAAGGAGUGGGGGGAGGGAAGAGGGACUGGGGGGUGGUGGGCACAAACCUUUUAUACAAUACAAAGCUUUGUUUUUUUUCUUUUUUUUUUUUCCUCCUCCUUUUCUUGCUUCCUUUCUCUCCUCUGAAUUGUUGGAGACAUGUCAGCUGACUGAGGGAGGAUGGGGAUUCUGGGACAAGGUCCCUUGGUGCUGAUGGGCUGAAGGGGGCUGAGUUGUGGGCAGAUGCAGUUUCCUGCAGGCUCUGGUGAGCCUCUAACGUUGCUGUGUCCUGGUGAGCAGCCCGACCAAUAAACCUGCUUUUUUAAAAGGA